AGUUUGAGAAGCCCUGGAUUUGAUCCUUAGCAUCACCAAGAAAGAAAACAACUUCAAGACUUUUUAUACCAUUACAGAAACUGGCAGAAGCAAAUGAAAAACUACUCUACUCUGGAGGUUGUCAAGGAUGGAUAGGAUGACAGAAGAUGCUCUUCGUCUGAAUCUGUUGAAAAGGAGCUUGGACCCAGCAGAUGAACGAGAUGAUGUUCUGGCAAAACGACUCAAAAUGGAGGGGCAUGAGGCCAUGGAACGCCUGAAAAUGUUGGCACUGCUCAAAAGGAAGGAUUUGGCAAAUCUUGAGGUGCCACAUGAGUUACCCACCAAACAGGAUGGCAGUGGUGUCAAGGGUUAUGAAGAGAAGCUCAAUGGGAAUCUUAGGCCUCAUGGAGACAACAGGACUGCGGGAAGGCCAGGCAAAGAAAACAUCAACGAUGAGCCAGUGGAUAUGAGUGCUAGACGGAGUGAGCCAGAUCGAGGAAGGCUAACUCCCUCCCCAGACAUCAUUGUUUUGUCUGACAAUGAAGCUUCCAGUCCCCGUUCCAGCUCCCGAAUGGAAGAAAGACUCAAAGCAGCCAACCUAGAGAUGUUCAAGGGCAAAGGCAUUGAGGAACGACAGCAGCUCAUCAAGCAGCUGAGAGAUGAGCUGCGGUUGGAAGAGGCCCGACUGGUGCUACUAAAGAAACUGAGGCAGAGUCAGCUACAGAAAGAGAACGUGGUCCAAAAGACUCCAGUUGUACAGAAUGCAGCAUCUAUUGUUCAGCCAUCUCCUGCCCAUGUGGGUCAGCAGGGCUUGUCCAAGCUUCCCUCCCGGCCUGGGGCUCAAGGGGUAGAGCCUCAAAACUUGAGAACAUUACAGGGUCACAGUGUCAUUCGUUCAGCGACCAAUACCACCCUCCCACACAUGUUGAUGUCUCAGCGUGUUAUUGCACCAAAUCCAGCCCAGCUACAGGGUCAGCGGGGCCCACCUAAGCCUGGCCUUGUACGGACCACAACACCCAACAUGAAUCCUGCCAUCAAUUACCAGCCACAGUCAAGCUCUUCUGUCCCCUGUCAGCGCACAACAUCUUCUGCCAUCUACAUGAACCUCGCCUCCCAUAUCCAGCCAGGAACCGUGAACAGAGUGUCCUCUCCACUCCCUAGCCCCAGUGCCAUGACUGAUGCUGCCAAUUCACAGGCUGCGGCCAAACUGGCUCUUCGCAAGCAGCUGGAAAAGACGCUCCUGGAGAUCCCACCCCCAAAGCCUCCCGCUCCCUUGCUUCACUUUCUGCCCAGUGCAGCUAACAGCGAGUUCAUCUACAUGGUAGGCUUGGAAGAAGUGGUACAGAGUGUCAUUGACAGCCAAGGCAAAAGCUGUGCUUCCCUCCUGCGGGUCGAGCCCUUUGUGUGUGCCCAGUGCCGCACAGAUUUCACCCCUCACUGGAAGCAGGAAAAGAAUGGUAAGAUCCUGUGUGAGCAGUGUAUGACCUCUAACCAGAAAAAGGCUCUGAAAGCUGAACACACCAACCGGCUGAAAAACGCAUUUGUUAAAGCCCUACAGCAGGAGCAGGAAAUUGAACAGCGAUUACAGCAGCAGGCAGCACUGUCUCCUACUGCAGCUCCAGCUGUAUCCAGCGUCAGUAAACAAGAGACCAUCAUGAGACAUCACACCCUUCGGCAGGCUCCGCAGCCCCAGAGCAGCCUCCAGCGUGGCAUGCCCACAUCUGCCCGCUCCAUGCUCUCCAACUUCGCCCAGGCACCCCAGCUGUCUGUGCCAGGUGGCCUCCUUGGUAUGCCAGGUGUCAACAUUGCCUACCUGAACACUGGCAUUGGAGGACACAAAGCCCCCAGUUUGGCAGACCGACAGCGUGAAUACCUUUUAGACAUGAUCCCUCCUCGGUCUAUAUCGCAGUCCAUCAGUGGGCAGAAAUAACGCCUGGUCCACCUGCACUGCCCCAACGUUGAAUCCUUCACCCUUUUUCUCUCCCAUUGCCCCAACUUCCGUCGCAUGCAGUGCCUGUACUGGUGCCUACCAUACACGGAAAGCAAAACUGAAAAACAGAAGACAGAAACAGAAAUCAGCGAGAAAACGCAACGCCCUGCCCCGCCAUCUCCCCUUUAUUUCACACUGCUGCGAUCUGUUCUCCUGCCGCUCUAUCUUCUCUCUUCAGUUUUCUUUAACAGCGAAGUGGAUCUUCGCCUCUGAUGGAGGUGAGGAUGAGGUCCUGGGAGAAUCUAACCUUUUGACGUGUGUUUCUAAAGUUUGUUUUAUGCUAUAAUUAUUACCCUUUUUAAUUAUAUUGUAUGUCCUUCCUUUGUUCAGUGGACAGUUAAAUCUUUUUCCCCCCAAUCUUUUUUUUUUCUACCUUUUUUUUUUUCUUAAAUGUAAAUGACGUUCAGUCCAACAAUCAGAGCACUGCAGAUUGUAGUAGGGUCUCGGCUACCCAGCAGGACGCAAGCGGGAGUGUUGGGGCAGAGGUGUGGGAUGCACUUAACCUGAGCGGUCGGGUGGUGGCGUCAGCCGAGGAGGAGCAGAACCCCGCUGUGGGUGUGUGGGGCUGGACAUCUGAGGAGCUGUGUUCUAGUAUUAAAGUCAGGCUUGAAGAAUGAGCGGGAGGAGCCUGGAGGAAGACGCUUUACAUAGCCACCCUGGAGUUCACCCGUGGGAGAGGGGCAGGAGGAGAUUGAUGGGAACGUAAGGCUAAGUGGAGGAGGACUGAGGCCCCACCCGGCCUUCCACGUGUGCAGAGGGAGCCUCGUCUGAUCCCAGGAGCACUGUCUGCCCCAGGCCCGGGAACCCAGACUGUUCCAUCUCGUGUUCCUGAAAGAGUUGUCCCCACCCCACUCCCACUCCCUCUGUAACAAUCCCAGUGUUCCCCUUCAACCACAGCCCCAUCCGCGACACAGGAGCAGCUGUCCAGGCUGAGCGUGCUGGGGCUCUAGAAGCUGGAGUGGGCACCAUUGAGUCCAGUGACCACAGCGGGAAGGAGGGAAGAAUAGGUUUCUCUCAGCAGCUGCGGCUCUCGCGUUUGUCUCCCCUCUCCCUCCCAGAGAGUCAGGGUGCAGUCUUGCUCUGGCUGCGGGCCUGAAGCCAAACAGCUCUUGUCACACCGGCUUUGGACCUCUGCUACACAGAUGUCUUUCCGCACCCCAGAAUUCUGUUAAUUUGAUUCUUGUUUUCCUUUACUUUUACUUUUUCUUAAGUGCUACUAAUGUAGAGAGUGAAUUGUGCAAUGUUGCUGUUCUGGGGAGUGGGGAGAUUAGCAUCCCAUUUGCCCACACUGGGGGAGGGAGGGAGGGAGGGAGGGACCGGGCUGUUUUGAGGUUAGGGAAGCCCCCCCCCCAAGAACAUAUUCCCCCCGCCUCUCGAGCUCUGCAAGCUGUCUGAGUGCACUGGGGUUACUCUCAGCAGAGGUGUGAAGAAUUAAUAUUUUGCCCUUGAAAGCCACCUGAGGAAGUUCCCUCGUUUUUAUUUUUUAAAAAUUAAGUAAUUUUUUUAAAGUGAAAAGGCACUUUUAAAAUUAACACACACAGACUGCACAUCUUCCUCAUAAAUUUGGGGGGUAGGGUAGGAGGAGGAGCUAAAUUAGGCUUUGUUCCCCCACUCUGGUCCUGACUCCCCACACCCCAGUCCCACUGUGGGUGAAUAUACUGGCCCUACGGGCCUUCCUGGCUUUUUUCUUUCCUCCCUUCCCUCCAACUCAUUGAGCACUUAAUAAAGGAGCAGAGAUGCAGCCAGGGUCUGGGCUCCCCAAGUGGUGAAAUGAUCUGGAAGCUAGACGCUAGUAACAGGUAGUAUUGGGUGGUGUCAAGUAUUUUGGGGGAGUGUGGUACCCUGACUGUAAGUGGGAGAGGGAGGGGGGUUAAUGGAACUGGGUCUGGGAUUAUUUUAAAAUUAUAUAUAUAUAUGUAUAUAUAUAUAUAUAAAGAUAUAUUCUUACAUCUUUUCUUUGCCCUCUGUGCUUUGAAAGCACUGGAUGAAUAGUUUGGUUUUGCUUUUCUGUCUUCCACAAAAUUGGAAGCUUUUUAAAAAAAUGUUUUUCCUACAAAUCAUCUUGCCUGUGGCAUGUCUGUCUAGCCCCCCUCCCCGCGAUAAAGUGCCAUUUCUGUUAUGUCUCCCUGACCCCAGCUCAGAGGUGCUCAGAGGUACAAGGUGCCCAGGUUUGUCAGUUGAGAUUAAAAGUUAGGAGCAGAGAAUGUGCAAUACCGUCUAGCUGGGGGCUGUCCCUGCCCUGAGCUGAGCCCCUGCCCUGGGAGCCACGCGACCUUGAGUGGGAUUUGGAGGUAAGACUCGAGGAGAUGGGGGAGUCCGGGGAAGGAGAGCCGAGCCGGUCCAGGGCCUGCUCCACCGCCCAGGGCGGGACCUUCCCUGUUUUUUUGCCCCCUAGGGUCCUUUCCAUAGAGCCGCUCGUGGCCCUCUGCGCAAUCAUUGAGGUUUGAUUUCUUGCUCCGCCUUCAUCAUACCCUAUCCAGGAAUUCUUGCUGGGGCGAGGGCUCUGGAAUCAUGAUAAAGUGUUAGCCUCACCCUCCUCUCCCCUUCCACCCUCUGCCUGUGUCCCCCUGGUGUGUCUUCACUUUCUUCCCCAGGCCUUGAGCCUCACGCCCUCCGGGUAGGAGGAAAGAGCUGUUUUCAGAGCUGCCCUGCCUCCCGGAGCUGAUUGCUGGGCUGAGAGUGCGGGUCCUACCAGUUCUACCUGCUGCCUCCAGACCCCGGGCACCUGCAGUUCUUCACGGGUGGUGCCCCCCAGACCGGAAGUGGGUGGAUUAGUGGUAAGGUGUGGGUGAAACGGGGUGGGGGGCAGAGGUCCUUAUUUGUCAGUUUUGUCACUUAACCACAGCAUCUGGACUCCCCAUUGCUGGUAUAAGUAUUUUUCCCACAUUUUUUUGGAUAUAUGUAUGGUAGACUUUUUGUUUUGAGACAGAUAAGUGUUUUCCUGCUUUAGUUACCUUUCCUUUCCCCUUUACAAGGAAUUAGCUAUAGAACUGCUUUGUAAAGAUGCUUCUUGUAUUUUACUUUGGUUCCUUUCCCCAGCCGUUCCCUUUCUCUCAACCCUCCAGAAGGCAUAAAACCCUCUUCCACCCCGUCCCA